CCACAAUUCCCUGGUUCCGUAAACAAAUAUCGGAAGCUGUUUGAGAUGUCGUGCAUACUGUGAAUUAAAAUCUGACAAUAGAGCUAAAGUAGAACCCAGAGAGCGCUGUUGUUGUUACUUACAAUUACAUUAAGAGCGUUUAGUAAUGUUACUGAGCUAGCUGGCUAGCUUAAUAGCAUAACUGACGAUAUUUAAGGUUCCUACUGUUUCUUAAGUACACGUGAAUAUAUAUAUAUAUCUCUAUAUAUAACAAUGUCUGGACCAAAUGGAGAUCCAAACAUCUCUGCUGACGAUGGUAUUAUAAACGACGAAGAUGAUUUCGGCGAAGAAGAGUACUCUGCCAUCAACAACAUGCUAGAUCAGAUCAACUCUUACCUCGAUGACCUGGAAGAGCGUAACGACGCUCUUAAUGGCAAACUGCACGAACUGAUGGAGUCAAAUCGGCAAGCUCGACUGGAAUUCAGAGCCCAGUUGUUGGGCCCCCCAAAGGAGGAUGAUGUGGAGGAGCACUGUCCCGCAGCAGAUGGGGAGUCCUCCUCAACCAGCAAGGAGGACAUAAACGAGGAUAAAGAAGGCUUGCAAAUGAAUGACAUGAAUAUUUAGAUCAGGAGAUUAAAUUAAGGAAAAAGCCGGGAUAGAUAUAUUAUGAAUGUUGACUCAACUCCUGAAAGCUGUCAUUUGGACUAGUGACCCUUUAUCUUCAUAGUUGACGCUCACAUCAGCAGGCGUGUGCAAUAGAUUACAUCUCUUCCUUUGCAGAGCUCAUUCCGGUUUCUCCUUUGGCAAUGUGCCGAUGUUCUGGUAACUAACCUCAAACAGCUUCUCAUGCAAGCUGGAUGUUACAUCAACUUCUUUAAUUUCACUGCAGACUUUAUAAAUCUAAAGCCAGAUGUGCCGCAUUGUAUUGGGAAGAAAAGGCUCUGUAGAGAUUUGUACAGAAUUAUGUGGGAGGUCACAACGCCAAGUCCUAAAGCAAGAAAACGACUAAAUAUAUAUUUUUAAAGUUGGUAUUAAAACAUGGUCUUUGAUAAACAAGGUUCAAACUACAGGAUCAACCUUAAAUCUUUCCAGAUUCUGGACCUAAAUAUUGUUUUGAUACAGAUUUCAUAUCAACAACUUCUCAAGCAUUUGAGUCAGUCCUUGUUAAACAGAGAAAGACUCCAAUUGAACUUCCUCAAGUGUUUCAUUGCAUUAUUAGCUUUGCAAUUCCUAUACCCUCCCAAAAAGUAAAUAGGAAGCAUUCAACACUCAUAUGUAUUAUAAUGCUUGUUGUGCAUCCUAACUGUAAACGCUGUGCUUUGUUCAGUGUCUGUUAAGUGUGAGCUGUAAAAUCAAAAAAACGAAAAGUUGGAAUUAUGAGACAUUUUUAAUAUAAAUUAAGAUGACUCCCAAACAGAAAACAAACAUCCAAAAAUACAAUAAACUUCCAGCAGUUAGAAAACAUCACCAGUUUGUUCAUCUCAAUUUGUCAGUAGCUGAAUAAAAAUACAAUAAGAAACGUA